AGGCAAGGCAACUGAAACGGGGCGCUCCGUUUCUUCUCUCCUUUCUCGGUCAGCUGCACUCCCUUCGUCAGUCAGUCUCCGCGCAUACUUAUAUCCCCCUCUCCUUGACUUCGCCAUCUCCCUCUCCUACGCUUUGUUCUGGGCUCUUCCCGACUUCCUCCUCCUGUAGAGAGAGAACCUAGAGAGAACCCGGGAUGGGGAACAUCUGCGGCGGCUGCGGGAAGGACAGGGUCGCCGAGGAUUUCAGGCCGUCUAGCCCAGGGACGACAAUGACCUCCAAGACGAGCGGCAGCAUAACCACCACCAGUCAGAGCACCACGGGGAAGCUCUCCUCCGUGGGCAGCAGCUUCAUGGCGUCCGCCGGCAGCCGCAGCACCAGCGGCGGAUUCGACGAGGGGGCCAAGUACCCCGACGGAGGCCAGAUCCUGGAGGCGCCCAACCUCCGUACCUUCACAUUCAUGGAGCUCAAGACGGCCACCAAGAACUUCAGGCUCGACAGCGUCCUCGGCGAAGGCGGGUUCGGGACAGUCUACAAAGGGUGGGUGGACGAGAAGACCAUGACCCCGACCAGGAACGGCACCGGCAUGGUUGUUGCCGUCAAGAAGCUCAACUCGGAGAGCAUGCAGGGGUACGAGGAAUGGCAGUCGGAGAUAAAUUUUCUAGGAAGGCUCUCCCAUCCGAACCUAGUGAAGCUCUUGGGCUACUGCUGGGAGGACAGAGAACUGCUUCUCGUGUAUGAAUUCAUGGCCAAAGGGAGCUUGGAAAACCAUCUAUUCAGGAGAGGAUGCGCCCCGUUGUCUUGGGAACUGAGGCUGAAGAUAGCCAUCGGCGCAGCUCGAGGACUCGCAUUCUUGCAUGCAUCAGAAAAGCAAGUGAUCUACCGUGACUUCAAGGCGUCCAACAUACUUUUAGAUGCGAACUAUAACGCUAAGCUCUCUGAUUUUGGCCUUGCUAAACUUGGGCCGACUGGUAGCAAGUCACAUAUCACAACCAGGGUGAUGGGAACGUAUGGCUAUGCAGCUCCAGAGCCAUUUGUACGUGAAGAGCGACGUGUACGGCUUCGGCGUGGUGAUGCUGGAGAUGCUGUCCGGGCAGCGCGCGCUGGACCCGAACCGGCCGAACGGGCAGCUGAGCCUGGCCGACUGGGCGAAGCCGUUCCUGGCCGACCGCCGGAGGCUGGCCCGGCUCAUGGACCCGCGGUUCGAGGGGCAGUACAACUCGAAGCAGGCGUUCCAGGCGGCGCAGCUGACGCUCAACUGCCUGGCCGGCGAGCCCCGCAGCCGGCCGUCGAUGAAGGAGGUGGUGGAGACGCUGGAGCAGAUCGAGUCGGUGAAGAGCAGGGCGCGGGAGGCGCGCGGCGGCUCGUCGCGGGACCGGCACCACGGCCGCGCCGGCGCGACGCACCAGCGGUCGCCGCGCGCCGGUGGCGAGCCGCGCGGCCGCGGUGGGUCCCGGGCCGCCGCCAACGGCCACGCCGCCAGGGCCGCCGCGCGGUGACGCGUCCAGACGAUGACGAUUCUUCAUGUAAAUGGCGUUUUUUUUUUGCCUAAUCUGUGUGCCUCUCCUUCUGCUUGUGGUGUUUGUCAUGGCUCACGAGGUUGUUCUUGCCCAAUCAUUGAUGAGAUGUAUUAUUAUUAUAAGAUUAAUUAGCAGUGAAUUUGAGAAGGGAUGGGUGUUGUUGCAAGUUGUAGCCAGUAGUGCAAUGCAAUAGUAGAAGAAAGGAUCAAUCAUCCAGAAUCUGUAAUUAUUCUAAAUCAAAUUGUAUUUUGGAA